GUCCCCAUUUAUCCUCUCGAUCAUCUGCUGCUUAACCCUGUCCUCUGUGCCCCUCGGUCUCUCCUCUCUCGUUAAAUCCAAAACAUUUGAAGCACAGACGUUAGCACUAUGAAGAUCAACGUAGCCAAUCCUGCCACCGGGGCCCAAAAACUUUUCAACAUCGAAGACGAAAAAAAGUACCGAAUCUUCUAUGACAAGCGAAUUUCUGACGAGGUCGCGGUCGAUCAACUCGGUGAUGAGUUCAAGGGCUACAUUUUUCGCAUCACUGGUGGAGCGGAUAAAGAGGGUUUCGCGAUGAAGCAAGGUGUCUUGACUACAGGGCGUGUAAGGCUUUUAUUGGACGGUACAAACGGUCAUUAUCGGAAUCGCCGAAAGGGCGACCGUCGCCGCAAGAGCGUCCGUGGGUGCAUCGUUUCCGUGGAAAAUGCAGUCGUCAAUUGUACGAUCGUGAAAAAAGGAGAGGGAGAAAUUGCCGGUCUUACCGACCGCGAGGUUCCACACCGCCUUGGUCCGAAGCGUGCCAAUCACAUUCGAAAGUUCUUCAAUCUUUCUAAGGAGGACGAUGUCAGAAAAUACGCCAUUCGCCGUGCCAUUCUAGACAAGGAAGGACACAGGGUUCGAGUCAAAAAGCCAAAAAUUCAAAGGCUCGUCACAUCUACUCGCAUCCGCAGAAAACGCCGAAAACUCAGACUUUACAAGCUCCGCCGCGAAAAGUCUAAGACGGAACGUGAUAACUACGAAAAACUGCUUCACAGUAUUCGCAACAAAGAAUCCAAUAACAAUUCUGCCCCGGCUCAGGCCACUCAAUUUCAAUAAAAAAAACCCAAACGGCGCCUGACUGUUGUUCCGUGAGGGCACAAAAAAAGACCAAUUUGUUUUUGCGCAAUUGUGACAAAAAUAUAAUUUCGCAGUC